CUCAAAUACCCAAACAACAAAAUUUCAUCAUCAACUAAACAAUCCCAAACCACAAAUCUUAUACUCACAUCAAAAUGAACCUCCUCCCCCUCCUCCUCACCCUCACCACCUUCCUCCUCCCCCUCACAGCAGCCUUCACCUCGACCUUCCAAAACUGCCAAAACCUCAACCGCCUCAACCAAACCGUCCACCGCGUCCACCCACUCCUGGAAAAAUUCUCCUCUGUGCACGCCUCCCAAUCCCAAACAGCCGUCACCACAACAACCACCACCCUCGCCAACGGAACCACCAUCACCGUCACCAACACUACCUCCUCCUCCUCCUCCGCUGCAGUCGAGAGGAUUGAAGGCGUUAGGGCUCUGCUUCUCUCCUCCCAGGAGAAGAUCUACGGCCGGUUGAGUAACUGCUCGAGUGAUGCGGUGCUGGCGCCCCGGAAUGUGCUGGUGAAGGGCAGCAGCGUGAAGAGAGAUGAUGAUGAUGAUGGCUCUUGCACUUUGACUGAUGUUUUGGAUCAGUUGGUGGAUACGUUGGAGUGGGGUUAG